GAAAAAAAUCUGCUAUUGUGCUAAAUCGAUCUGCCUGUGACGUCACUGGUGAUCUAGAUUUACGGGCUCUAGGACCCCGCGAACUCCUUCCCGCUGACGGGCCUCUGCGGCGUCUGAGAGCCCGAGACGGCGGAGCGGAGCAGGCCGGUGCCGGGGAGGGUCAGGACGGGGAGAGACGCGGAGGGAAGACGGGCUGUGCGCGACCACCGGAGGGUUCAGGCCCGGGGCUGCAUGGCUAAACGGGGAGGAGUAGGAUUUGAUGGUCUGAAGGUGGAUCAGUUUCAUCGCCACAAAAGUCCCUCAGCAUUUUAAUGUCUUUUGUUUCAUUUGGUUUGAUUUCAAAUGCAUCGAUCAGGCCAGUAGUGUGUUUUUGUUUCAUCAUGCCUCUCGAGCUGGACUGUGACGCAGCGACGAACAAAACGAGUCCAGAGGCAGAACAGGAAGUGUGUGAGGUCACACAUGAAGAGAGAGUGACAGACACACCAAUACGAAGAGUUGGACGACCCGCUCGAAAACGCAAAGCACCAGGAGAGGAUAGUUGUGAGCGUGUGAUUGAGGGCGUGACCUGUAUGAAACAGGCGGGGUGUAACGGUGAAGCAGAGAGCCCGGUUUCACAGAAAAACCUUGAGCAGAAAGACUCCUCCCCUGACUCCACCCCUGAAUCCACCCACCAGAACGGCACAGACACGCCCCCCAGUGCGGAAGGAGACUCCACCCCUUCAACUCCACGGAAGAAACGAGGGCGGCGGAAACUCAAGCAGCCAGAGCUACACGUUGACGAGGACGACACCAGCAGCGACACCAGCAGAGGAGAGAGCGACGGGGGUCGUCUGAGGGGCCGGCAGGGCUGGGACAUCAGUCUGAGGAGACGUCCCGUACCAAGAGAGACCUUCCAGGCCGGAGACCCCUACCACAUCAGCCGCAGAGAGAAAGAGGAGUUGCUCGCCCGCUGGAAAAAAGAGAAGGAGGAUAAGGCCCAACUGGUGACCAUCAUGAGUGACAUAAUGGACAACCAAUCAACUGUCAGCUCUCAAAAGGAGGGGGAGGAGCCAGCCAUCAAUCUCCUAUCCAUGCCCACAACUCAGCAGCAGCACACUGACCCCGCCUCCCCAACGGUCGCCACGACGCCUGAGCCGCCUCCUGUCGCCUGCGGCAACAAAGUGAUGGCGAGAUCCUCAGAGAUGAAUCUGGAGUAUGAGGACGGCCGUGGGUUCGGGAUCGGAGAGCUGGUCUGGGGGAAGCUGCGGGGAUUCUCCUGGUGGCCCGGCCGGAUCGUGUCGUGGUGGAUGACAAGCCGCAGUCGUGCCGCUGAAGGCACCCGCUGGGUCAUGUGGUUUGGAGAUGGCAAAUUCUCAGUGGUGUGUGUGGAAAAGCUGUUGCCCUUGAGUACAUUUUGCACGUCUUUUCAUCAGCCCACCUACAACAAACAGCCCAUGUACAGAAAAGCCAUCUAUGAAGUUUUACAGACGGCGAGUAUGCGUGCCGGGAAACCGUUCCCUGCGUGUGCGUCCACUGAUGACUCGGACUCAGGGAACAGUGUUGAAGUGCAGACGCAGCAGAUGAUUGAUUGGGCCAACUCUGGGUUCCUCCCUUCUGGUGCCAGAGGCCUGGAGCCGCCACCAGCGGAGCGGAACCCGUAUACUGAGGUGUAUCCAGAGAUGUGGGUGGAGCCUGAGGCCGCUGCGUACACGGCUCCGCCCCCUGCCAAGAAACCCAGGAAAAACAGUGUCGAGAAACCCAAAAUCAAAGAGAUUAUAGAUGAAGGAACACGAGAGAGACUCGUGUAUGAAGUCAGACAAAAGUGUCGCAAUAUUGAAGAUAUUUGUAUUUCCUGUGGAAGUCAAAAUGUAUCGCUCGAGCAUCCUCUGUUUGUCGGAGCCAUGUGCCAGAGCUGCAAGAACUGUUUCCUGGAGUGCGCGUAUCAGUAUGACGAUGACGGUUAUCAGUCGUACUGCAGCAUCUGCUGCGGAGGACGAGAAGUGCUCAUGUGUGGGAACAACAACUGCUGCAGGUGUUACUGCGUGGAGUGUGUCGAUCUGCUCGUCGGGGCCGGAUCCGCACAGGCCGCUAUUCGUGAAGACCCCUGGAACUGCUACAUGUGCUGCAGCAGGAACGUCUUCGGCCUCCUGAGACGCAGAGAUGACUGGACCUCACGACUGCAGCUGUUCUUCGCCAACAACCACGACCAGGACUUUGAACCGCUGAAGCUGUAUUCACCAGUAGCAGCAGAGAGGAGGCAGCCAAUCAGAGUCCUCUCUUUAUUUGACGGCAUCGCUACAGGGCUGCUGGUGCUGAAGGAUUUGGGCAUUCAGGUGGGGCGGUACGUGGCGUCAGAAGUGUGCGAGGACUCCAUCACGGUGGGGAUGGUGCGACACGAGGGAAUGAUCAGUUAUGUGGGAGACGUCAGAAACGUCACACGCAAGAACAUUGAGGAUUGGGGGCCGUUUGAUCUCGUGAUCGGUGGAAGCCCCUGUAACGAUCUGUCCAUCGUCAAUCCUGCCAGGAAAGGCCUGUAUGAGGGCACCGGGCGUCUGUUCUUUGAGUUCUACCGGCUGCUUCACGAAACGCUACCCAAAGAAGGAGAGGAACGACCGUUUUUCUGGCUGUUUGAAAAUGUUGUCGCCAUGGGAGUCAGUGACAAGAGAGACAUCUCACGCUUUCUGGAGUGUAAUCCAGUAAUGAUCGACGCUAAGGAGGUGUCUGCCGCACACAGAGCUCGAUACUUCUGGGGAAACUUACCUGGAAUGAACCGGCCGCUGACUGCCAUGGCAAAUGAUAAACUCGAGCUGCAAGAAUGUCUGGAACAUGGACGCACAGCUAAGUUCUUUAAAGUGCGAACCAUCACAACUCGCUCAAACUCAAUAAAACAGGGCAAAGACCAGCACUUUCCUGUCUACAUGAACAAUAAAGAGGAUAUCCUGUGGUGCACGGAGAUGGAGAGAGUUUUCGGCUUCCCCGUCCAUUACACAGACAUGUCCAACAUGAGUCGUCUCGCCAGGCAAAGGCUUCUGGGAAGGUCGUGGAGUGUUCCUGUGAUUCGCCACCUCUUCGCUCCACUGAAGGAAUACUUUGCCUGUUACUGAAGCUCGGCCCACCAUACAACGUGAUGGCGUCGUUACUAGGGUUGGGCCGAUAGACGAUGUCAUCAUCCAUCACCGAUGACUGACAGACAUCACAAUGUUGAGCCGGAAUCGUGAUUCACCCCCCCACCCACCCUCCCCUCUGCGUGCAGUCCAUUUUUUGUGACCACGCAGACAGUCCGUGUACAACAGCGCAGGCACGAGGUGAAUGUUGAGACAGAGCGAAUCAAGUAGGUGACACUGCUCAUCCGUCCUCGCUCAUCAGCAGCUGAGCAUACUAUAAGAGCUGCGUGGACAGAGCGGAACAUGGAAACUGAAGUAUAC